GCAGCCUAUGAGCGCAUUCAAAUCAAACCCGAGCAUUUGUUUAAUUUGGCCACCGCUUAUUCUACGGCCUGUCAGCGGGAACCCUUUAAUCAGGCGUAGGGGGGGACGCAGCACCGGGGAGAGAGCGAGGGUCGAGCGGGAUCGGGUUUCGUUGCAGCUCUGUACCUUAAUCCUGGAUUUGGAGACUGGAUAACACAAAGGCAGGUACGGAAAAACACAAUAACAGCGGUGGCAUGGGAUUGGUAGCUGGUGGUUGAUGUGAAAGAAGGGGCCUCCUGGGGUGGAGUGAGGAGUAGUUGCAGGUCGUUGGGAUGGGGGGGAGGGGGGUAUAAAUACCUGCAGGAGGAUGCAAAGUCUCCAGGGGGUGACAGAUGCUGACUUACCUGUUGAUCGGAUAGAAGGAAGGGAGCUGGAUGUGAGAUUCGCUCGGAUAUAGAUUUGCGUUUUAAAUUUGGGGGUGGGCGGGGAAAAAAAAGAAAUCGACGUCAGAAUUGAGCAAACCCCCCAAAAAGUUGAGGGUGGACAAAAGUGUAAGAACAUGCAGCAGCCCAUGAACUAGAGACGGUCAGAGUGAAAAUGAAAUAAAGGAUUCGGAAAGGAGGAGAAGCAGGACAAGGCGAUGAUGACUUGAAAAGGGCACGUUAAGAGAGCAGAUCAAGUGGACCGCAUCGGACAACUUGGAAGAGGCCAAAAAUGGCCUCUCAGGCAUUCGGCGGUGACUCUUUCCCGCCUCUGGCAGGAGACUCCCCUCUGCCAAUUUUCAUGCACCACAGCUCUGGCGGCGACUGCCUGCCAAGCACCUCCCACGGCCACAGCAUGGUCUCCGCAGUGUCGUCUGGGCUGUCCCUGGGUCAACCGUCCAAGCGUUCUCAAAUGCAACUCUCCGCAAACUCCCUGGGAAACCCUCUUGGCAACAGUCCCCCCAGCCUCCAUUACCCAGUCACGCCUUGUCAUUACAGCAACCAGCAAGCCACCUAUGGCAUCAUGGCAGCUCAGGAGAUGCUCUCCGCAAGUAUUUCUCAGACUUGUAUCCUGCAAACAUGCGGCGUCCCUCCGCCUAACAUGGUGAGCGCGGCAAACCCGCUGCAAGGUUCGCUGACACCGUGCCUGUACAAGUUUCCAGAUCCCGGUCUAAGCGGCAGCUCCUGCGCGUUAAGUCACGGUUUCUCCUCGCUGCCCUCGGCCCUCCUGCUAACUGACGAGGUCCCUGGGGGCCCCGCUGUGGGCGAGAUGAAAGUUAACAUCCAGAAGAAGAGCAUCCGGGAGCUGGAGGACACCCCCGCUAUGGACUCUCCACAGAUCCAAGAGCUGGAGAUGUUUGCCAAUGAUUUUAAAAUAAGGAGGAUCAAACUUGGCUACACUCAGACCAACGUGGGCGAGGCCCUUGCCGCCGUGCACGGUUCAGAGUUCAGUCAGACCACCAUCUGCCGCUUUGAGAACCUGCAGCUGAGCUUCAAGAACGCCUGCAAACUGAAGGCCAUCCUGGCCAAGUGGUUGAACGAGGCUGAGCUUGCUCGAGCUCUGAACAAUGAUAAAAUAGGAAUAAAUGAGCGAAAGAGAAAGAGGAGAACAACUAUCAGCCUGGGCGCUAAGGAAGCUCUUGAGCACAGCUUUGUGGAAAAAAGUAAACCAUCCUCCCAGGAAAUAGCCCGGAUAGCAAAAGGCCUCCACCUGGAGAAGGAGGUGGUCCGAGUGUGGUUCUGUAAUAGGCGCCAGAGGGAGAAACGGGUCAAAACCAGCCUCAGCUCCUGCUUGGCCAAAAUGAGUACAAACUGCAUCGGGCAGCUGAGUAAAACGCAUCGGCCAAUGAUAUAAAUCAAGGGUGGGUUCUUAAUAUUUCACUUUUAUUUUGACAGUGAGUUCUGUCCGUAACUAAUGUUUUUUUUCCCCCUCACACUAAAGGAGUUGGUGACUGAAGAGAAAAUCCAAAAAAUAAUAAUGAUAUUUUUAUAGAUAAGCACUUUUCUUCAUUAGUAAACACAGGUCAUUGUUUUAGCACGUAUGAAAAGACAUUUUGGUGAAAUGUCAGAAAUAUUGUCAGCUAAAGUUGAUGUUUUUUUUUUUUUUUUAAAUAUUACAUUUGUGUGCAUUUGCAUAAUUCAUAAGUGGUUUAUGCAUGACUAUUUGUGAGUAGAGAUUUGACUAAUUAGCGCUACAGUACGUGUAGUUGUACUACACAACAGAUUAUUUAUUCAGAUGUAAUAUAUUCAAUGCUAAAUUACUGUGUUUUUAAUUCGAAUUUGAGCCAUGCUUAAUAUAUUUUGGGUUGUUGUAAUACGCGUUAGCUUCACAAGUGCCUGCACAGCAAACUUGUAGCUGUCAUUUGCUCACGGGGUGAUGCGAGGUCAUCGCAAUGAAAAAUGAGCUUGCGUGUCAUAUUUGGUGAAAGUCUAAAUUGCAAUUCAUAACCACAGCCCGAAGACCUUUGUGUACCAAAUCGCCAGAAAUUGAUGAUGAACUGCCAUAAAAUCACAUCUUUCAACAGGUUUGCUUGGUGAAGAAUUUAAAAAAAAAAUGUUGCGUGGAUA